AUGAAAAGCAGUGCAAUAAAAGUAAACAAAGCAGUGAAGUGUCAGCUCGACCAAGAGCUCGAGUCGAGUCAGAGCAAACUCGAUCGAGUUGAAGCUUGGCCGGUCGAGUUGAGGAACUCGACCGGUUGGUCGAGUGGACGGUCGAGCUGGUCUUCAAGAUGGCUUCUCCCUUCUUCCUUUGCGUAUCCAGUUGAGCUGCUUCCAUGUGCCAAGUCCCUCCAUGCUCCUAUGUCCCAUAUGCUCCAGAAUGCUCCAAAAGACCUAUUUCAAAGGACCAAACAUGCAUAUUGUCCCCCAAAGAACUGGGAGACUAGGUCGUGGUCUGGAGAUGGGAGACGGCCAUCAGGAGCGCUCCACUGCAACUGUUCGGCUCACUCGAUCGAGCUUGCUCUUGACUCGAUCGAGUUGUGCCUCGAGUUGCCACUCUUCUUCCUAAAACCUGCUCCUGUGAGACUCAGCCAAGAAAAAUCAUAA